CUGGCGCGCCGCGGGGUCCUCCAAGAUGGCGGCGCAGAGGAGGAGCCUGCUUCAGAGUGAGCAACAGCCAAGCUGGACAGAUGACUUGCCACUCUGUCACCUCUCUGGAGUCGGUUCAGCUUCCAACCGUAGCUAUUCUGCUGAUGGUAAGGGCACCGAGAGCCACCCUCCAGAGGACAACUGGCUCAAGUUCAGAAGUGAAAACAACUGCUUCCUGUAUGGGGUCUUCAAUGGCUAUGAUGGCAACCGGGUGACCAACUUUGUGGCCCAGAGGCUCUCUGCAGAACUCCUGCUGGGCCAGCUCAACACUGAACACACUGAGGCUGAUGUGCGGCGGGUCCUGCUGCAGGCCUUCGAUGUGGUAGAGAGGAGCUUCCUGGAGUCCAUCGAUGAUGCCUUGGCUGAGAAAGCCAGCCUCCAGUCCCAGCUGCCAGAGGGUGUACCCCAACACCAGUUGCCACCUCAGUAUCAGAAGAUCCUUGAGAGACUCAAGGCACUGGAGAGGGAGAUUUCAGGAGGGGCCAUGGCCGUUGUGGCUGUCCUUCUCACCAACAAGCUCUACGUCGCCAAUGUUGGUACAAAUCGGGCACUUCUGUGCAAAUCUACAGUGGAUGGGUUACAGGUAACACAGCUAAACGUGGACCACACCACGGAGAAUGAAGAUGAGCUCUUUCGUCUUUCCCAACUGGGUUUGGAUGCAGGAAAGAUCAAGCAGGUGGGUAUCAUCUGUGGCCAGGAGAGCACCAGGCGCAUUGGGGAUUACAAGGUCAAAUAUGGCUACACUGACAUUGACCUGCUCAGUGCUGCCAAGUCCAAACCCAUCAUCGCAGAGCCGGAAAUCCAUGGCGCACAGCCUCUGGAUGGUGUGACAGGCUUCCUGGUGCUGAUGUCUGAGGGGCUGUACAAGGCCCUGGAGGCAGCCCAUGGGCCUGGGCAGGCCAACCAGGAGAUCGCAGCAAUGAUUGACACUGAAUUUGCUAAGCAAACCUCCCUCGAUGCAGUGGCCCAGGCUGUGGUAGACCGUGUAAAGCGUAUCCACAGUGACACCUUUGCCAGUGGUGGGGAGCGUGCCAAGUUCUGCCCACGGCAUGAAGACAUGACCCUGCUGGUGCGGAACUUCGGCUACCCGUUGGGAGAAAUGAGCCAGUCUACGCCGACCCCAGCCCCAGGGGGCCGUGUGUACCCUGUUUCUGUGCCCUACUCAAGUGCCCAGAACACCAGCAAGACCAGUGUGACGCUCUCCCUCGUCAUGCCUUCUCAGGGCCAGAUGGUCAAUGGUGCCCACAGUGCCUCCACCCUGGACGAAGCCACUCCCACCCUCACUAACCAGAGCCCCACUCUGACCCUGCAGUCCACCAACACACACACGCAGAGCAGCAGCUCCAGCUCCGACGGGGGCCUCUUCCGCUCCAGACCUGCUCACUCUCUUCCACCCGGGGAGGACGGCCGUGUUGAGCCUUAUGUGGACUUUGCUGAAUUUUACCGCCUUUGGAGUGUGGACCAUGGUGAGCAGAGCGUGAUGACAGCUCCUUAGCCUGGCCUCAGAGUGCAGCCUUGACACGACUCUGUGGAGGCACAGAAGGCUCGUGUCAAGGCAGGACAUGCUUCCUGACCUUUGCAGGUGCCUUGGAACCCAUGGGCAACUAGUCAGUCAUGCAGCAGGUUUUGUCCUACAGCUCUGGGUGGUAGCGUGAGUGCGGACUGCAUUGCUGGUCCACACAGAAAGCUGGAGGCCAGACCACAGACAUGCUUAGACAGGGCCAAGUGUGGAGGCUGCAGGUGGCUGGCAAACCAUCAAGAGUGCCUCCUGACAUGUUCAAAGAACAGCAAGAAGCUGUCCUGUGGACCCCACCUACCACAGGAGACACUGCUCCAUCAAGACUGCCCUCCCUGCCUCAGCCUCCCCUGUGACCUCUGCUAGUACCCCUUGCCCCUGGAUGGCUAUCCCCUUCCCAUCUUUCAGCCUAAACUCCUAGCUCUCUAGAGCAAUUGGAGUGGGUACCUGUCUCUGGGUGUCACUGGAAAAGUUGAGGAAAGCCAAGGAAGCAGUGGGGCCUGUAGCAGCCACAGGGGAGCAGGACAGGGGAGGACCAGAGAGAGCUGGCCAAGGAAUGUGAGUCUCAGGCUGCAGGACAGCCAGCUGGCAGCUGACCUAACCCAAGGGGAGUUGGCUUCUCCAUGGGGUGCAGAUGGUGAGGGCAGGCCAAGUCAGAGAAGCAAAUGCCCACCAGCCUUCCUCCCAGCUGGUUCUGGGGAGACUGACGGGGAGUGCUGACUGUAACAGCCUUCAUGCUGCUAAGGCGCUGGUCAACUCUGGGCUCUGCUGAAAGGAGAGGUGAAGAUGGCUGUGGAGGGAAGAAGUUCAGUCUUGCCCGCCCAGGAUGUGGCGAUAUUUUUGGACGUGAAGGGGAAAGAUGGCACUGGUCAGGCCCUGAGUUGGACCAGUUCAUAGACGUUUCCUGCCUUUAGUCAGGAGGGCUACCACGCGACUGCCUCCAGCACGACUGCCCCCGUGCUCAGAGGAGGAAGCAGGCCAUACCUGAGCUCUGCAAUCAGGAUUGGAGUCCAAGCUCAAAGCUGUGGCCUUGUAACUGGUAUUCUGCAACCCCUUCCCCACUGUGUGCAGCUGCUGGACAGAGUGUCCAGUGUGUUUCUUGUAGGCAAAGGCCAGUUCAGAGCACUUCUUGCUCAAAUUCCAUUUCCCUAAAGUGCGGCUGCUCGCUCAGUGCCAAGGAGAAACUGGGGUUCCAAGCACUGGAGAAAGAAGCCUUCCUUGCUACUCUCCACUAGAAGUCAGCUGCCCUGCAGGCGAGCAGGGUUCAGCUGGUGCGCGAAGACUUGGGACAAAGGAGCUUCCCUCCCAGGACAGUGGUGCUGUUUGGUCUCUAGAAAUAGAACCAUAUUCCUGAUGCAGUAAACUAAAGAUGUUUGUC